AUCAGAGCUCAUUUGUUCUUGAGGAACUGUGAGGAAGAUUGAUCCGAGAGAGCCACAAGACACAAUAAAACCUUUCACAAAAAUUAAAAAAAAUAAUAAUAAUAAAUAAUAGAAGUCUUAGCCCUCAACUAUGGAAUUCAGCAGCAGCAGUUCUACAGCCAAAACCCCUGUUGCAAAUCUCAGGAGGGAGUUUGAAAUGCAAAAGAUAACUGAGUCAGAAACUGUAAAGGAAUACUCUGACCGGUUAAUGAAGGUUGUUAACCAAAUGAGGCUGCAUGGAGAAGAGCUCUUUGACAAGAGAGUUGUUCAGAAGGUUUUAGUUAGCUUGCCUGAGAAGUUCGAGCACAAAAUAUCCUCUUUAGAAGAUUCAAGAGAUCUUUCUAAGGUGACUCUCACUGAGUUAGUCAAUGCUCUCCGUGCUGUUGAGCAAAGAAAAACAUUGAGGCUCGAAAAUGACUCCACUGAAACAGCUCUUGCAGCAGCUGAAAAAGGGAAAGCUCAAACUACCGGAGGUGGGAGGAUACAAUAUGCAGCAAAAAAUGACAACGAGAAGCAGGAAUAUCACAGAAAUAGUACUGGAGCACAAUGCAAAAUAUGCAAACAGUUUGGACAUGAAGAAAAAGUUUGCAAGUCCAAACCUGCUCAAGCAAAGCUGGCUGAAACUAAAGAUUUCCGGGAGGAGAAAUUGUGUACACAUCAUAUGACACCCAACAAAGCUGUCCUUAAAAUUCUGGACUCAAGCUAUUCUUCAAGAGUCAAGCUUGGUAAUGGAGAAUAUGUUGCUGUCCAAGGCAAAGGCACAGCUGUGGUUGAUACUCCUAUAGAAGUUUUCAGCAUGUAUGUGAAGUUCAAAGCUGUUUGGUUGAGAAAAAUGCUCAGAGAUUUGUGUCAUACACAAGAGAAAGCUAUUAAAAUCCCAUGUGACAACAUGUCUGCAGUAGCCAUUGCCAAAAAUCCAGUCUUCCAUGGGAGGACCAAGCAUUUCAAAAUUAAAUAUUAUCUUUUGCGAGAAGCUCAAGAGGAAGGAGAGGUCAUUCUGGUGCACAGCAGCUCAGAAGACCAGUUAGCAGACAUUUUCACUGAACGCCUGCGAAAGUCCAGGUUUGAAAUGCUUAAUUAGGUUUUGGAUGGUUGGCUUAUAAAAAAUAAUCGUCAGUGGCUGGUUAACUGCAACCAUGUUCCAUGCUAAAUGCUACAAUUCCUAGUCUUUUUGGGGAAGAUGGUUACUUGAAUAAUUCUUGAAAUGUAAA